AUUGAUGAUCGUCGUACCAUAUAUUUUAAGUGUUGCCUGAAGUCCUAGCAUGUGCAAGUGAGGAAAUAUGACCAGAAAGAAGUCGCUUAAAAAGAAGGUCGAAAUUGUUUUCGAUCCCCAGAAAAGAAAGGAAUUUCUGACGGGUUUCCGCAAACGUAAAAAUGAAAGACGUAAACGUGCUCAACAGGAAUUGGAACGUAAUUUAAAAGAAGAACGAAAGAGGAUUCGCUUGGAAAUAAAGGAUGGCAUUAAACACAUGAAAAAGUCUUUUGAACCAUUGAAAGAAAUAACAGAGGCUGACAGAUUAAAUGAGGACGAAUACGAAGAUGAUGAUGUUAAAGUCAAAAUUGUGGAAUUAUCCACGGGAGAUUUGGCAGCGCAGCGGUGUAUGUUAGGACAAAAUCGUGCAGAUGAUACCGAAGAAAGUGCCAACGACGAUGGCCAACAAUCAGAAACCGAUGAAGAGGAAUGUACAAACCGCAUUCCUGGUAUGGACUUUGACGUGAAUACAAAGCGGAAGCGUAAAAUAGAAGGCCAUGCGAAUUCUGAUAAUGAAGAUACAAGCGCUGAGGGUAGAAAGAAAAAACCCAAACUAGAUCACCAAAAUAUAGAUUUGAAAACGAAGAAGGAACUAGACCACUUUAAGAAGGUUAAAACCCUGAAGAAAAUCAAGAAAAGUAAAGUCUUUAAAAUGAAGGAACAGCUUAACAAAAAAGCAAAUCAAAAGAAAGCGCGUAAGGACAAGAAUAAUUCCCUAAAGAGUAUACCCACACACUUAAGGAAAAAGAAGAAAUAUCAAAAAAAUCCAUAUAACAAGGGAAGGCUAAUGAACAGAAAACAAUUAAGAAGAAAAAACAAUACUUGAAGCAGAAAUCAAUAAAAAAUCCAGAUGUUUUUUUGAAAAAGCCCUGCUUUUGUUAAA